CUGGGCUUAUUGCUCGGGCUGGGUCACUCUCCCAGAGAAACUGAGCUGGCCAGGGGGACAAGUGGAGUGGCCCCAGCCCCACCGGACCUCCGCCCACCAUGGGCAUCCAGGGCAUGGAACUCUGUGCCAUGGCGGUGGUGGUGUUGCUCUUCAUUGCUGUCCUCAAGCAGUUUGGGAUCCUGGAACCUAUGUCCAUGGAAGAUAGUAGUGACAGUGAACUGGAGCUCUCUGCUGUUCGCCACCAGCCUGAGGGGUUAGACCAACUCCAGGCUCAGACCAAGUUUACCAAGAAGGAGCUGCAGUCUUUGUAUAGAGGAUUCAAGAAUGAAUGUCCCACUGGCUUGGUAGACGAAGAGACCUUCAAGCUCAUCUAUUCCCAGUUCUUCCCCCAGGGAGAUGCUACCACAUAUGCACAUUUCCUCUUCAAUGCCUUUGAUGCAGAUGGGAAUGGGGCCAUUCACUUUGAGGAUUUUGUGGUGGGUCUCUCAAUUUUGCUUCGAGGAACAGUCCACGAAAAGUUGAAAUGGGCCUUUAAUCUCUAUGAUAUUAACAAGGAUGGAUACAUCACAAAAGAGGAGAUGCUGGCCAUCAUGAAAUCCAUUUAUGACAUGAUGGGUCGUCACACCUACCCCAUCCUGAGGGAAGAAGCCCCAUUGGAGCAUGUGGAAAGGUUCUUCCAGAAAAUGGACAGGAAUCAGGAUGGAGUGGUAACCAUUGAAGAAUUCCUAGAGACUUGUCAAAAGGAUGAAAACAUCAUGAGUUCCAUGCAGUUAUUUGAGAAUGUGAUCUAGAAGGGAGAAGGAUUCAGCUGCCACCCUCCCCAGCCUCUGCCUCAGAAGGCCACCUCCACACUGACAGGCGCCACCAUCACAAGAAACUUUUUUUUUUUUACUAAUUUACAAAAAAAAGGAAAAAAAAAACA